UGACUUCUACAGUGCAGGGUAGUGGCUAGUGUCAGGGAAUUCAUUAGCAAUUUCCAAAGGCCUGGACUUCUAGUCAGCUGAGCCUCUGAGUAUUAACUGCUUACUACACUGAUGUUAAUCCACCCUUUUCUGGACAUAUUUGUGCUCCACUUCAACUGAAGACCUGGAAUCGAAAAUGAACUGGGCGUCCUUUUAUGCCGUUAUAAGCGGCGUAAAUAGGCACUCCACUGGCAUCGGCCGCAUCUGGCUCUCCGUCCUCUUCAUCUUCCGCAUCCUGGUCCUGGUGGUGGCGGCCGAGAGCGCCUGGGGCGACGAGAAGGCCGGCUUCACCUGCAACACCCAGCAGCCCGGCUGCGACAGCGUCUGCUACGACCAGUUCUUCCCCAUCUCGCACAUCCGCCUGUGGGCCCUGCAGCUCAUCCUGGUCUCCACCCCUGCCCUCCUGGUGGCCAUGCAUGUGGCUCACCGCCGCCACAUCGACAAAAAGAUCCUCAAGCUGUCCGGGAGGGGCAGCCCCAAGGACCUGGAGCAGAUCAAGAGCCACAAGUUCAAGAUCACCGGCGCUCUAUGGUGGACGUACAUGAUCAGCCUUGUAUUUCGCGUCCUCUUCGAGGUUGGGUUCAUGUACAUCUUCUACAUGAUCUACCCGGGCUACAAAAUGUUUCGUCUCGUCAAGUGCGACUCCUACCCCUGCCCCAACACGGUGGACUGCUUCGUGUCCCGUCCCACUGAAAAGACUAUCUUCACCGUCUUCAUGCUGGCGGUUUCCGGGGUGUGUAUCCUGCUCAACAUCGCUGAGGCGCUGUAUCUAGUGGGAAGGGCAUGCAGCAGGCACUUCCAGAAUGCUGAGGACUCACCCAUGGGAGCUUGGAUCACCAAGAAGCUUUGCUUUUAGCUAAAAAAGCCCUCCAGCCCUCCAGCCCUCGCUACUAACAAGGCUUAACCGGCUCCCGGCAUUGGUCCGGACACACCAUGGCAAUAACUUCAUUCAUUUAUUUUAUGCCUGCCCUGCUGUUGGAAUAUUUUACCAGAGGAAAUACUUUAUACAUUCAGGUAUGGACAGGUAAAGAAAACUUGAAAUCAUACUGCAACUUACAGUAUCAUCUAUUAAUGUGUUUACUUUAUUGAUUUUAAUUAUUUAUUUUUUAUUUAUGUAUUUAUUUUUGCAUUGAAAAGGCCCCAAACAAGAUGUUUCCAAUGCUUCACAAAUAUCGGCAACCACCAGCGUAAGACUUAGGGGCAAAAGUAUAACUGACUUGCAGUUCACUGUGUGGGUUGUAGAGGGGACAGUCUGGAAUGCAGGGAACCAAGGACUCAAAAGCUCUAAAAACUCAAGAGUGUUUUUAGUGGUGCCUAUAACAAUAGACUGUUUCUUUUGAAAUUUGAGGUGUGUUCAUUUUUAUUUGAACAUGCCUAAAGUAUGGAAAUAUUCCAAUGACUAGAUUCAACUAAACUAUGUCAAUGUGCUAUGAGACCAGUUUUUUAUCCUUGAACCAAAAAAGGAAGCCUCUGCCUUAACCUCUGACAAAAGUCUGAAAACAGCCGAGGUGCUGGAUAUUACAGAAUUAGAAGGUUGUGUAAAGGAAAAAAUACUAUACUUCAUUAAAAGCCUUUCUGUCCAUUGUAUUUAUAUAAGCACAGGAAAGGAAAUGUGUGUGUGUUAUUGCGCUGAUAGAAAACAUGGAUGACCCUAAGAGACUCAUUUUCCGCUGAACUAGAGUGCCACCUACAUGUGCCUGCAAAAAUGUUUAUGUUUUCAUGCGAUCCCUCCCCUGCCUUCACCUUCAGCCAUAUCUUACCACAGAUUUAGCAGUAGUGAUCCUCUGCCCUUUGGUGCCACUGAGCAGAUAUACAAAUCAAAGCCUUGACACAUUGGGCGUCCAUUUCAGGGAAGGGGGUCAGAGCUAAGCAACCUAUUUAGAACAAAAUCCACAAAGGAAAAUAUCUAACGCGUCAGUUGCCACAAGGAAAUAGCAAGCUACCCAGUGCAAUACCUUGGAUGUAAAUAGAUUAGAGCCCUCUAAAAGUCCAGGUGUGUUCACCUGAAGUAUAUUUGAUUCUGCUUUAACUCAUUUAUGAAUCACCCAUCUCAUAUCUUAAUAUCUCAAUGGUCAUUUCAGCCAUUCAUUUAAAUAAUACAACAUUCAUUGCUCAUAAUAAUCUAUGGCUUAAAAGUGUAUAGGUUAUUAUGUGGUUAAAUCUGCAAUAUGGAAAGGAAGGAUCCAUUACUCUAGAUUACAGUUUAUAUUUUGAAUUUGUCUAUUUGCUUUAUAGAAACAUUGUGGGGUGUAACCAGAAAAAAAGAAGUGCUUCAAAAUAAUUGUCUUUCAAUUAUUGAUAUCAUAAGGUGAUUUUAACGUCCCCCACCCAUAUGUUGAUUGUAAUAAGAUGGCAAAAUUGAACUCUAACAUAAUUUCCAAUGUUAUUGGCAAUAAUAAUUGACUGAACAUUUACUUUUAACUAUUCACUGAAGGUCAGAAUUUUAAAAUAAUCUUCCCAAAGUUAUUUUUUGCGAUUGUUCAGAGCCCCGGAAUAUACAUGAUUCAGAGGUGCGUAUGUCUUCCCUUCGGUAAAUAACUUAAACCAAACGGGUGAUUUAUUUAACUGUAAAUCUGUGUUGAUCAGCAAAGACAAAAUACCUCCAUGUUCAUCUUUUAAACCAUGCAUUUUCAUAUGAUACACUUAUGAUUGAAUGGACUGUAUAAUACAAUAAUGUAAACCCUGGAAUAUGUAACCAGUGAUUUCAUAUGUAUCAUUAACUACCGUUAUUAGUUUCAAAAGUCAUGUUUUUAUCUUAUUUUGAUGGAAUGUACAUUAUUUAAUAAAUUAAUUUGUGACAUGGUAUAAACAGUUCUAUUUUCCUGUAAUUUGCUCUAGCUUGACAGUAAUUAGCAGGAAAUUAGGACAUUUUUGGAAGACAUUAACAGUCUGAAGAAAUGGUGGUCUCUCAUUGCACAACAUGGCAAUGGUCUGACCCAGUGGAGAAUUCACAAAACCUAUAAUGAAUGAUGGAUGUACAUCGAACACUGGCACAACAGUUUUACAGCACAGACAGAACAUUAAAUUGUCAGUAUAUUUCAACAUUCAGUGAAGUAACAGAGAAAUGUGAAUCAAAUCAGUAAUGAGAAAGGAAAUACAGUUCAGUCUACAAGAUCACAAAUGUCUAAAGGCUGUCUGGAUUUUGUACCUUAAAUGAGUUUGCAGUAUGGAUGUAGAAAAACUCCCGCUAAAUUCUAUCCCAGGCUUGAUAAGGAUUGCCAUACAGAACUUCAGAAUUACGAACAGCACAAUAAUGAAUGUCCAAAUUUGGAUCAAACUGGAUCAAUUCUGGGAUACAGAAGGAAAAAUAUUUCCCAGUUUAAUAUGAAGCUAUGCCAAAACCUACAGGUCAGUUGUUACAAAUUCUGUCGAUGCUGAGAGAAGUAUCUUGCUAAGCAAGCUUUUAUGCAUCAAUGUCAAUCCAUGAAAGAAGAGACAGCAACUGACAAUGAUUACUUUUGACAACAGAAAUUAGAGCUCAUGACUUUAUCGCUUUAUCUAAUGCAUUGAACCUAACACAAGUGUCAACAAGUAUAGACAUUGCUCUCUCAUUCUCCUCUGGAUUAAGUGGCAUUUGAAUGAUUACCUAAAAUGGUUGCGACAAUUUUAACUGAAUGACUGUUUGACUUGUGGCUUGAAAUAGAGGUUCUGUCGACCUCUUGGUGCUGGAGGACUGAAAUGCAUGUGAAAUAAAAAACUGGAUUAUUCCACUGGGUCCUAAACCUGACUUCAUCCAUGUUAUGCUGUAAUGAAUAUUUUGCUGCACGGGAAGAAAUUUUCUACAGUUAGUGUAUUUUAAGACAAAAUAAAAUUCAAUUCUACCUUCUCUGGUGGGACUGUGUCCCAGUGUUUAGUAAAUGAAAGUCAAAUAUUUUAAAAUAUUAAAGUUUAAACUAAUAAAGUUUAAAAUAAUUAAAAUAAAAUAAUGCAGUGUUAUCAGUAUUGAAUUAUGGUACUUAAUUGUAAAAGAUGUCCACAGGAGACAUUCACAUUCAGAAGUCUGAUUCAUCUUUUCAAAUAUUUUCUAGUUGUAAAAAAAUACAGGACCACAUAACCAUUAUAAGAUGCAUCUUUGUACGACAACGUAAUGGAAAAUUAUAGACAAUUCCUAGAAGUAUAUGCAUGAUUAAUUGAAAGGUAAAUGUUUUUUUUUUCAGUGUUUUAUCAGUGCUGAUAAAUGCCUCUGUAUAACGUGCUGUCAAGGUUUAAAAAUGCAAAAAUGUUAUGCAGUCUAAAAAGUGUUAUUAAAAUAUUAAAUAUUGUAAAAAAUAAAAAACAAUAAAAAAACAAAACAAAUGAUCAGUGGAACAA